GUCGUGGGUGUUCGGUUGUUAAAUUUCACCAAGUGAGAAUAUAAUAAAAAUAUAUUUUAAUAAUUGUCAAGCAUUUAAUCAAUAUAUUUGGAGUUUAACAACAUGAAAAUGUACAGUAUUUACAUGCAUUUAUUGUGCUUUGCUGAAUUUCUUAUAACAGCUUCAUCUAUAUAUCAAUGUCCACCAAGAAUUGUCAAAGAGCCAUCUACAGAUGAAUUAAUAUUACAAAAAGCCAUUAUUGAAAAUCAAAACUUUAGACCGUUUGUAAUUGAUUGUGAAGCAGAAGGAGAACCUGCUCCAAAGUAUCGAUGGAUGAAAAAUGGUAAGAAUUUUGAUUGGCAGGCAUACGAUGAAAGGAUAACUCAACAACCUGGCAGCGGUUCAUUAACAGUUACCGAACCCAGAGAUGAAGAUCUCGGACAAUAUCAAUGUUUUGCAGAAAAUCUUUGGGGUACGGCUACUUCUAGACCUGUGAUGGUUGUAAAGGCUGAAUUAAAUUCGUUUAAAAAUGAACCAAUACUCUAUGUUGAAGUUAUAGAAGGUGAUACACUUGAACUUGAUUGUAAUCCUCCUACUGGAUAUCCUAAGCCAAAUGUUUAUUGGCUUAUAAAA